UUCCAUUGAUACUCCCUGAAGAGUUUAUAUACUGUAUACCAUCAAAUGGGGUAAUAAGGGAUGAUUGCAAGCAUUUUUUUCAAAGCUUCUUGGUUCUUACCAUGCAACAUUUCUUAAACAAAUUUGGGCUCAUUUUAAAGGUCUUUGUGAGGACUAUUGUAUGACAUCUCCAAAAAGAAUUCUAUAUGCUAUUUUUGGGCUACCUGGAGAAGAAUCAUGUAAGAGUAAAGGAUCCUGUGAAGACAGAAGAACUCUUGCAAAGGCUCAUUUCUGGAGGCUUCCCAAAGCUUCAGAUUGUUGCAGACUUUGACUACACGCUCACACGUGUGCAUGAUGAAACAGGAAAGCGGCUGCACUGUUCUUGGGGUGUCCUGGACAACAGUCCUCUCAUGCCUGAGUUCUACCGCCCUGAGUCGAAGGUUCUGCUUGACAAGUACUAUCCUGUGGAGAUAAGUCCUCAUCUGACAGAGCAAGAGAAGAUCCCGCAAAUGGUAGACUGGUACAAGCAGGUGCAGGAGCUACUGGCCAGAUCACGCAUCACCAGCAUCUCAGUUCGCCAGAUGGUGGAAGAGAGCAACACACAGCUCAGGAUAGGCACCGAGUCAUUGCUGGCAAGUCUGGAGGCGUCUGAGGUGCCGGUGUUGGUCUUCAGUGCUGGCAUGGGUGAUAUCCUCAUGCACAUACUCAGGAAAUUCCAGCUCUACUCUCCCAAUGUCAAAAUUGUUUCCAAUUUUUUCAAGUAUGACUACGAGGACUGUGUAGUCGGAUUUGAAAACGAAACGAUACACAUGUUCAACAAGAAUGAAAAUGUCAUCCACUCGUCGCCUUACUUCAAGAACAUGAGCGGCCGCAACAAUGUCAUCUUGUUGGGCGACUCUUUGGGAGACAUCAAGAUGGCUCACGGUGUUCCAGACCCAGGAGCCAUACUCAAGAUUGGCUUCCUCAACGACAAGGGCUCGUUGCUGCCGCAGGUGGAGGAGCGUCUUAGUUCUUACGAGGAGGCUUUUGACGUUGUGCUUAUCGACGACCAGACCAUGGAUGCCCCCAUGGCCAUCGUGAAACUCAUGCUCUAGUGGGCAAGCAGUGCCUACCUGCCAGUGCCCUGCCUUCGUUGUCAUGAACAAGCCAAACUAUUGAUAAGCAUAGCUACGAGAUUCUGGAAAUACCGAGGCAAUACUGGACAUUCUCACCUGUGGCUUAAUAACUGCCUAUCCUUGCUAUCAGUCAGUCCGUAUCUUCGAGUAUGUAAUACUUAUGCUCAUUGAACGCCCUCAGUUUCAAAUUCAAUUAAACUCCUCCAUGAAUGAUCAUGCUGAUGCAUACGUAAAAAUUGUCCUCAACUGUGUUACUAUUAGACGCAGAGCAAAUAAUUUAACUUCAACUGUUUUGUUGCAUUAUGCGUUGAAGAAGCGUUUGUUAACUAGCUUCAUGUCUAUCUCCUAUUACAACUUUGAGCGAGUGCAGGCUCCAGGCUGUUUUCGUACAUUUACGUUUUUUUUUACCAUAUCCUUCACGUGGCUUUCAUUUUUCCCGCAGUCUGAAAGUUUGUCAUCUGAAUAUUGGACUUCCCAAUCUAGAAACGUAUUUCGUUUUGUAGGCCAGAAAAUAAGUAUAAGUUUGUUUACUUAUUUGAAAAUACAAUACAAUUUAAUACCAUUAAAAGAUGUAAUGGAAAGUACGCGUCUGGACAGCAUAUUUUCACUGUGGAAAUCAGAUAUUGUAUACUUGAUACGAUUAUUCCCCCUCUGACAAGUGUCCCUAUUUCAAGAAUGCCAAGAAAUUUGUGAGGCAUGUGUGACUACUAAUAUUACGUCCUAACUAUUAAGUAUAGUUUACGAGAUUAUAAUUACACAGAUGCCAUUCAGAUGGUACCAAUUUACAAUAGAUGGAUCAAUGAUUGAAAUUAAACUUUUGAAUUUUUUUCUAGCUGUCAGAGGCUCGCAAUUUUUAAAUAUUAAGCUUUCUUUGUGCAAUCCUUCUAUGAGUUUUGAAAAAAUGGGCUUUAUUUACUCGUCUUGUUUGUUAGAUUUAAGAGUUAGUUGGUAACGUCUUGAAAGUGUGCUCGAUUGAAGAGCGUGCCUUGUGUUCUCUAUCUUUCUACCCGAUUCUCGAAUUUUGACUUCCAACAUUUUAAGGCAUUGCAGAAGACAAGGUGUUGAUUUUUGUGUUCCAUGUAAUCAGUAUUUCAGCUGAAACAAGGUGCUAAUGCCCAUGUUACCCGUUAUUGUCAGAGGAAGUAUUAAACUUUAUUAUUAA